GUACCUCGCAUAAAAAAUUAUGCUUUAAAUUUUCCACAUUUAUUACAUCGUAUACCCGAACUCUUCAGAACUCAGAUCAUCUCAUUACGCUCUCUAAGUUCUCUAAAAUGGUUCAAUCAGCAAAACCCAUCUCAAGCCCAGUACCCAUUACAUGGUACCCAACCCUAGCUGUGUUCAUGCUUGCAAUUGGCCUUAUUGUAACUGCUUCCUUCUUCAUUUAUGAAGCUACUUCUCCGAGGAAAUAUCGCAGUCUAGCGAAGGAGCUUACAACUGGAGCAGUGGCAUCUGUUUUCUUGGGUUUUGGAUCCUUGUUUUUGCUACUUGCUUCAGGCGUAUAUGUUUGAUCCAUCACAACAUGAAGUUUUGUACUGCUGUUUCUACAUGAAUGGUUUUGAGUAUUGCAGUUGGUUUUAUAUGAUUUAUGAUUGAAGAUAGCAUCUGUAGAACUGAUUUGUAACUGAAUGGCAAAUUGGAGAACUUGUUGAAAAAUUGACUGAGGUAAGCGUGAUGCAUUUUGAAACUUUCUAUUGUUGGAGUUCAGUGCAUAUAACGUUAGUAUUAAAGAGCUUGUUGAAGUGUAUGGAUGUAACAAACCAUGAUGAUUUAUAGAAUUGUCUAUAAACGCAACAACACGAAGCAGAAAAUACUCUC